GAAUGAGACACAUGAAGUCAUUAAAUAUCUUGAAUAUUGCGUUCAUCGAUUACAUAAUGAAGACCCUGGAGUUCAUAACCUGCUACUUUCUUUGUAUGCAAAACAGGAAGAUGAUAGUUCACUUCUACGUUUCCUACAAUGAAAAUUUGGUAAAGGACCGGAAAAUGGUCCUGAGUUCUUCUAUGAUCCUAAGUAUGCCUUGCGUCUUUGCCUAAAGGAAAAACGAAUGCGAGCAUGUGUUCAUAUAUACAGCAUGAUGUCUAUGCACGAAGAAGCGGUUGCCCUUGCCCUACAGGUUGAUUCAGAGCUUGCUAUGGCUGAAGCUGACAAGGUUGAAGAUGAUGAAGAUUUGAGAAAGAAACUCUGGCUUAUGAUAGCUAAGCAUGUUGUUGAACAAGAAAAGGGAACUAAGAGGGAAAACAUUAGGAAGGCAAUUGCAUUUCUUAAAGAAACUGAUGGCCUGCUAAAGAUUGAGGACAUAUUACCAUUCUUUCCAGAUUUUGCGCUGAUUGAUGACUUCAAGGAGGCUAUAUGCUCCUCAUUGGAGGACUACAAUAAGCAAAUUGAACAGCUUAAAGAAGAGAUGAAUGAUGCAACCCGCGGUGCUGACAACAUCAGAAAUGAUAUCAGUGCACUUGCUCAAAGAUGCACUAUUAUUGAUCGAGACGAGGAAUGCGGGGUCUGCCGACGGAAAAUUCUAGCUGUGGGGAGGGACGUAGGCAUGGGUCGAGGUUUUACAUUAGUAGGACAAAUGGCUCCCUUUUACAUCUUCCCGUGUGGACAUGCCUUCCACGCACAGUGCCUGAUUGCCCAUGUGACUCGUUGUACAGUUGAUUCCCAGGCUGAGUAUAUACUGGAUCUGCAGAAACAACUGACUUUGAUGGGCAGUGAAACAAAAAGAGAAUCCAAUGGCACCCUUUCUCCAGAGGAGUCCAUUCCUAGCAUGAGCACUGUAGACAAGCUCCGGUCACAACUGGAUGAUGCUAUAGCUAGUGAAUGCCCAUUUUGUGGUGAUCUGAUGAUCCGUGAGAUUUCUUUGCCUUUUAUCCAUCCCGAGGAAGAGCAACAUGUGCUACGAUCAUGGGAGAUAAAACCAAUCGCUGGAAACCAGAACCAGAGAAAUACGUCGUUACCUAUAUCUGGAUGAGUUGUAAUGUAAUAUGCUUGCUCUCCGUGAAUAACAUUGCUAUUCACUAGAGUACUUUUUUUAUUGUCCCAGUUCAUUGCAGUGUUUGGUUGGGAAUGUUUGAAUACUUAUUCUUUUUUAGUUUACAUUCCGUUUCCUUUGUCUUAUGCUGUUGACUCACUUAUUUUCUCAUUGACAAAAGUAGUUUACCCCACUCCCCUCUGUAAAGUGUAAACCCUGUACCUUAUUGUAACUCACGGUUGCAUCCACUUUUGUGACCAGAAGGCAUUCUCGAAAGUUCAUUCAAUUUC